AUGCUUGCAAAGAGUUGUUUAAAAAGGUUUUACUUGUUCGGAUUUAGCAUCUCCUGUUUGUUUGUUCUUCUAAAUAAUACUAUUUGUUUAUCUAAAGAAAAUGCAUUGACAGAGUUACAGUUACAUGUUUGGGGAUGCCCAAGAAAUUUAGCUGAUAUUACUCAGAAUGAAGAAAGUAAAAAUGGAGAAAAUAAAGUUGACGAAAAUAACAAUGGAGAAAAUAAAGUUGACGAAAAUAACAAUGGAGAAAAUAAAGAUGACGAAAAUGAAAAUGGAGAAAAUAAAGAUGACGAAAAUGAAAGUGAACAUAAUGAAAUUAUGAAUGAAUUAAAAACAAGUUUAUCUGAACCAACAUAUAAUCUACCAUUCGGAUGUACGAACGAAGAUAUUUCGAAAAAUUUAUCAAUAGAGGAGGUAAAAAAUUUAGCUGAAAGAUGUUCGUAUUUUCCAAAAAAGAGUGAAGGUUAUUUCUUUUAUCAUUAUUACUUUCAAAAUAAAAGGACAUGUUUUUUAAAUAUGUUAUGUAAUAUAAAGACAUUGUUAAUCAAAUGGUCUCAAGAAAAACAUAUACCUAAUGAUUAUUUUGAGGUAUUAUGGGAAGAAUGUAAAUUAUAUCUAUUGGAAUGUUUAUCAGAAAUGCAAAAUAUAUCUAGGUGGAGUUUUUUUUAUCUCAUGACGAAAUUUAUAAGAACUAAAUAUCAUCUUUUAGAAUUCUUGGAUAAUUUUGACAAAAUAUGGGAUACUGUUAUUAAGAAAUAUGAAGAAAAAUGGACUAAAUUAUUAGAAGAGAGAGUAAAUAAUUAUGUAGCAUAA